AUUUAUUCCCGCCGUUACAUAGAAAUGAGGUUCUUUUCUUAAUUUCGUCAAGUUGUAGUAUUAAUUUAAUAUAAUAACUUGUAAUUAUUUCAUCCGGAAUUUGGACUCGUAAACCACCAAGAUGCCGUGUGAAAUGAUAACUUUGCAGCUGGGCCAAUGCGGCAACCAAAUUGGUUUCGAAUUCUGGAAAAAAUUAUGUGAAGAGCAUGGUAUAAAUCCAGAAGGUAUAUUGGAACCAUUCGCAACCGAUGGUGUCGAUCGUAAAGAUGUAUUUUUCUAUCAGGCUGAUGACGAGCAUUAUAUCCCUCGCGCAAUAUUAUUAGAUUUGGAACCUCGAGUCAUCAAUCACAUCAUACACUCGCCGUACUCCAAGUUGUACAAUUCAGAAAAUAUCUACUUAUCUAAAGAUGGUGGAGGAGCUGGUAAUAACUGGGCUUCUGGUUAUCAUCAAGGAGAAACUUUGCAAGAAGAAAUAUUCGAUAUUAUCGAUAGAGAAGCAGAUGGAAGUGAUAGUCUUGAAGGUUUCAUGUUAUGCCAUUCGAUAUCUGGUGGUACCGGUUCAGGCGUUGGCUCUUAUUUGUUAGAAAGACUGACUGACAGAUAUCCGAAAAAGUUGAUUGAAACUUAUAGCGUUUUUCCUAAUCAAGAUGAAAUGAGCGAUGUAGUCGUUCAUCCUUACAAUUCCUUGUUGACGCUCAAAAGACUGACUGUAUGUGCAGAUUGUGUUGUCGUAUUAGAUAACACAGCUUUGAACAGAAUAGCAUCAGAUCGUUUGCGUAUUCAGAAACCGUCUUUAACUCAAAUAAAUGCUCUAGUUUCUACUAUAAUGUCUGUAUCAACAGCAAUGCUGAGAUUUCCAUCUUACAUGAAUAAUGAUCUCGUUGAACUGAUCGCUCCAUUAAUUCCAACUCCAAGAUUGCAUUUCUUAAUGACUGGAUAUACUCCACUUACCAAUGAUCACGAAGCGUCAUCCAUCAGGAGAACAACCGUGUUUGACGUCAUGAAACGUUUGCUGCAACCGAAAAACAUGAUGGUAUCAACAGCACACGAAAGAAACACCGCUCAUUGCUACUUAUCCAUAUUGAAUAUCAUACAAGGUGACGCUGAUCCAUCUCAAGUAAGCAACGCUUUAAAGAGAAUCGGGGAGAGAAAAUUAGUCCAAUGGAUACCUUGGGGUCCGGCCAGUAUACAAGUCGUAUUAUCUAAAAAAUCACCUUAUAUUCAGACAGCUCAUCGUGUUUCUGGUUUAAUGUUAGCAAACAAUACUAAUAUAUCAUCGCUCUUCCAACGAGCGCUGGAACAGUAUGAUAAGUUGAGGAAACGUGAAGCUUUCUUAGAACAAUUCCGAAAAGAGGCCAUGUUCCAAGAUAAUUUAGACGAACUCGAUAAUUCUAGAGAAGUGGUACAAGAGCUAAUCGAUGAAUACGUUGCAGCCACCACGAAAGAUUAUUGUUCUUGGGAAUUUAAACCAGACAGUGCCAAAUAAUUCAUCGUUUUGUCUCUUGAAGACGAUCUAUUUUCGAAAGAUUGCGAUAAAUUCUAUAUUUUUUAGUCGUUAACCUAUUUAAAUUGUCGUUUUAAUAUUUUAUUCUUAGUUUUUUCAUUAUUACGCUUUAAUAUUCGAGAACAAAUUUCCCUAAAAAUGUUUUAUAGCUAUUGUGUGCGUGUUCUUAUUUUUUUAAUCUAUGGAUUAGAUGAAACAUUAAAUGUUUUCUCGUA